UGGAGGGUGGGCGCCACAGCCUAGGGGUGGCGCGGCCGGCCGGCAGCAGUGUGUCGGCUGCUAGUGUGGUCGUCGGCCCCCCGCCAUACCGUCCACGCCGCCCUCACCUUACGUGACUGACUCCAGGCCAGCCAGAAUGUCUUACUGUAAACAGGAAGGCAAGGAUCGUGUGGUUUUUGUGACGGAAGAGGAUCACAGUAAACCUGCAGCCGUGUCGUUGCCCGAAGACGAUGAUCCUCCAGCAGGCCUAAUACAACCAGAUGGAGAAAUCAACUGGGCUUGUCCGUGCUUAGGAGGAAUGGCCACAGGUCCUUGUGGUGUUGAAUUUCGGGAAGCAUUUACGUGUUUCCAUUACUCGACUGCAGAUCCCAAAGGAAGUGAUUGUUUAGAACCUUUCCGACAAAUGUCAGAGUGUAUGUCACAGUACCCUAAUGUUUAUGGUAAUAAAGAAGACAAAAAUGAUAUGCCGAAAGACGAAUUACCAAGUGAGGCUUCGCCUGAAGUUGGAAAUACACAAGUCUCGGCAAAGGCAUAGCAUUUUUCCUAUGCCUAUUAACAUAUUCGUUAAUGUGUAAAUAACAGCACUUGUUCAUUGUAAUAAUUGAGCAUUGCUGUAUUUUUUAUGGUUUGUGAGUGAAAUUUGUUGAUCAGGAUUUGUACACUUGAUAUUUACAUUUAAAGCUGGUUGACAAGUUUAUGGGUACCAUAUAAAUGGUUGCAGCUUGUAUAAGUCGAGUGGUGCAAGAUGUCCUCAGUGAUGAUGUCAGUGUACUGUAAUCUGUCAUCUGUGUGAGAAGAUUCUCUAUAUAUAAAUUGGCUUUUGUCUUUUCAGUUGAAUGUAAAAGUGAAUGGCCCCUGUAGUAAUAUAAUUUAAUAUAAUAAAAACUAUGAUCAUAGGUAUUGUUGUAUAAAGUAACAUACAAUUAUGUAUAUUGUUUAUGAACAAGGGUGUUAAUCAUGUAAAAACAAUGUUAAUGACAGCUGCAAUUUUGUCCAUAACUUUGGGGCAGAUGGUAUAAAUGGAGACAACCUGCAUAGAGAUAACUAUGCAUGUUGACCAGACCACACACUAGAAGGUGAAGGGAUGACGACGUUUCGGUCCGUCCUGGACCAUUCUCAAAUCGACUUGAGAAUGGUCCAGGACGGACUGAAACAUCGUCGUCCCUUCACCUUCUAGUGUGUGGUCUGGUCAACAUACUUUAGCCACGUUAUUGUGACUCAUCGCCUGCAUAACUAUGCAUGUUGAUAAUAUAGACAAUUAUCAGUGCAAAGGAACAAAGUGAGAAGCUUUGGUUAGUCAGAUAUGAAAAAGUUAUAGCAGAACAUGACAAGUAAACAAUCUUAAAAAAGUUGCAAGGAUUGGGAAAGAGGAGUUAUGCAUAUUCAGAUUAAAUAAAGGAAUCAUAUCAAUUUGAAAAAUAUCUACGAAUACAAAUCUUUUCUUUUUAAUUAAUUUAAUGUGAUAAAAUCCUCUCCAGGUAAGUAAUGAGAUGGUUUGCAUUCCAAACAUGGGCAUCAUUUAUGUCAGCAAGGUGAACACUUGUUCUUGGUCAGCAAGGUGAACACUUGUUCUUUUGAGUUUAGGAAAGGGACUAGUGGCCAGGAGAGAUGCAGGAGGGGCAAGAUUGUCCCGGUGCAAAACCAAAAGCUUAAACUUGUAAAAAAAAAAUUGCAAAUGAGGAAUAUACUGAAUAAUGGAAUUAUCCAAAUUGCUGCAAAGUGUGUUAAUCUGAUGAAAAUCAAGUUAAAUAUUUAUCAACGAUAUUUUUUUAAAUUCUGCAGAUUAGAUGGUGUGCUGUGCAAGGUGGCGAAACAUAUGGCUCUCUGAAGGGAGUUUGAAAUAAAGUACUUACCAUGUACUUAAAUAGUAGUUACAGUAGUAAUAUAAAGUAGAUAGUAUUUAGUAGUAGUUAAAUAGUAGAAAGCAUGUGAAUAGUAGGCAGAGAUGAAAUGAAAUAAUUAUCAAAAGAAGGUGCCAGAUGAUAGCAGAUGAAAUUAAAGAUGACUGUGAAGUUCAGCCUGUGAAGAGAAUUACAAUAAAUAAAAUAAAUCGCACUCACUGUGCGUGAACAUGUAAACAGAGAAAAGCAGGUCAUAAAGCUGUGAAGAGAGUGCAUUAUGGAAAUGUAAUACAGUACUGUAGUUUGAUGACUGUAGCUUUAAACUAAAUGAACAUGACAGGGCUAGAGGGAGAGUGUCUACUGUACAUUGGUAGUAUGUAAAAGUGUAGCCUAAAAGUAUUUGUAUAAAGAUUAGCAAGAACAGAAUAAGCAUAAGUCAUGGUAUGAUAUAUCCUCUAAAGCAUAAAGUGGUUUAACUCGCUGAAAAUGUUGAUUUCAAGCAAGUCUUUGAUCAAGUCCCAUUACAGUGUAUCCAUACCUCAUUAUUUUAAAAAUAAAACAUUUUAAUACACACUAA